GCCAAAUCUCAUGACGUUACUGUACUUUCACCUAGUUUCACCUUGAUAUUCACACCUGACGUGUAAAUCAAACAAAGAACCUCCAAAAAAUGGCCCGCUACUUCAAGGAGCAAGACAUCGACGAAUUCCGAGAAUGCUUCUACCUCUUCGCCCGUUCGGGCCACAUCAAAUCCCUGGACGAGCUCACCGUGAUAAUGCGAAGCCUGGGGCUCGCCCCCACGAUCUCCGAACUGGCCGGCUACUUCAAGCAGAAGGGCGGCAAAAUGACCUUCGCCGACUUUCUCGAGGUCAUGCACGUCCACUCCAGGGUUGAGAACCUCCCCAAGGAGGUGGUGGACGCGUUCAAGGCCGGGGACCCCGAGGCAAAAGGGGUCAUUCCGGCCAAGCAGUUGCGUCAUAUGCUGCAAAAUUGGGGCGAGUGUUUGUCGGCGAAGGAAGUCGACCGCAUUUUUAGGGAGGCCAACGUUAAUAAUAAUAGCAUGGUCCGAUAUGCGGAUUUCGUGAAAAUCGCGUGCGCCCCCGUCCCGGAUUACUACUAGGGUACUUACUUUUAAUUGCACCGUGUUUAUGGGGUUUGUCGCAUUUUAGGCUUAUGUAAAUAUCACAUGUCAAAGGAAAUUGACUGAUGUCGAUUUUUAUUAAUUUUGGAUUUGAGGCCGUUGGGUUGGUAGCGAAUUUUAGUUUCGCUAAAAUUGAGCGCCGACUUAUUACUAUUGUUAAAUUUGUUGUUUAUUCCACUGCAUUUAUUUAUUGUUAACGUUGUAGAAGUAGUCUUUGUACGCAAAUACACCAGUAUUAUCAG